GAAAGUGACUAGUACUGUUAGAGACUGUGCGUACAGUGUAAGACGCUCAUUUGACCCCGUAACUUAACACGGUAUCAUUACAACACAGGCGAAUGUGUCAAUUGCUAUUCUUAGUGAUUGCGACGACUCGACUCAAGAGCUGCGAUAUCAGAGUCGCAAUAAUUGGCACAAAGAAGAAGAUUUUCAAGAAAUACUCAUACGAUCCCUGAUUUGCGAAAAUAACUCAAAAUACAGCUCUCGACAUAUAUUGCUUCUUUUACUGCGAUGAUUCCGCCUACGACUAGGAUAUAAUAUAAAGAUACUGCGUUUAUGAGUCUCCCGUUCAUGCAUCCUCGUGGUCAUCGGUCAUGGAAGCCUCGCCUUUAACUCAACAGGCGCGACCUGAAACCUUCCAACCGAAGAUAGACCAGCUAUACGAGGCGUUAUUCAAGGAUGAUAUCGAUGCGGACGGAGAGAAAGCCGAAGGCUUCUGGCGAGAGUUUUUCCUCCUAAAACCCGACCGACCCUUCUUGCAACAAAUUCUAGUUGCCCUAAGACCAGAAGACCUUAUGAGCCUUCAGUCGCAAACUCGACAGCUCUUCUUCCGGGCCGUGGAAUGUUUGAAGAAAGGUAGCGGCGUUGCCGACUUGCAUGCUCUCGAGACGUUGACGACCUUCUUCUCUGCAAUUCUUCCCAAGAAAUAUACGAACCCGAGUUCAGAUAUCAUAGCCGUCUUAGCUGGUCUAGAUCAGGUCGAUGCCGUCUUCACGGAUUUCGUGGGGGCUCUGGACGGGGUAAUUCGUAAUGGAAAAUCGAUGGAAGUUCGGCAAAAGGCCGUGAACGUGGUCUUGUCCAUCACCUCUGGUGCAUACCAGACGAGCAUCCUCACGUAUUUUAUACAGCGGGAUCUUUUCCCCGCCAUAAUGAAGCUCAUUCAAGACUCCGAAUCUCCCCAGGAUAUCCUGGAACCUUUUACCUUGUUGGGCUUGUUGGCAAACUAUAAUAAAUUUGAGUUUCAGAAUCCCUAUCAGCUCCGGCUCAACGACUUUGUCAAUGAGGCCACCAUACGGAAGAUCGUCCGAAGCGUCGGGCACACGUGCCGAGUUUUGAGAAGUCAAUACGUCGAUAUCCUACAGGACCUACCUGAAGGAUGGUCCAUCGCUAAUACUCUAACCAUGAUCGGGCUUGGUGCUAUCACACCUGGCGCCAAGGCGAAUCAAAAGCCAGCAUACGACCCGGAGGUCGCGAAGCAGAUGUUUGCAAAAUUACCCGGUGAACACGCCGCCGUGUUGCUAGGGGCGUAUGACUUCAGCCACGCGAAUAAACUGUUCUGCUUCAGUCUCGUCACUCUCCCCGCCGAAAAGGGUGAAGAACAACCUAUCUCCAGUUUCUUAUCGCUGACUUCUUAUCUACUCCAGCAUGCUUUCCUCUCUGCCAGAGCCACUAACUAUGCCCAUCUCAGUCUAAUGGUUUUCCGGCUGCUCAUCGAGGACCAGCUGCUAUGUAAGCGAAUAUGUAGCGACGAGAGCAAGGUCGCCGUUAGACUUUGCCGUCAACGGCAGCCAUUCCUGCCGGUUGUCCGCGGAGAGCGCAUCCUUGCAACGAGCGUCUUAGACACCAUGAUAGACGGCAUCAACCAUAAUCUGCGUCGCAGGCUCGAUGUCAGCCUCUAUACUUUGUGCGUUGGUAUCAUGCUCCGUAUCAUCUCGUACCUCUCGCGAUCGCGGACGCGGUUACAAUACCAUUGGUCUGAGCUGUUUCGUUCGCUGCUGUCCCUUAUCCGCUUCCUCACCUCCUACGCCUCCGACCUCAAGGGGUUGUCCCACUUCGAAUCUCUCCUGGACCUAAUCGUAAACCUAUUAGCUCUUUCCCUCUCGGCAGGAGAGGCUUUUCUCCCUACGCCUGCCGCCUAUGAUGACCUAUUCUACAAAGUUGUAGAGAGCGGCGAGGUCCUCGUAAAAUUCCGCGACACUUACCGCCUAUCAAGCCGACCGUCAAAUUCGAUAGGCACGCUCAUCAGCGUGAGUACGCAUUACAAAACCAUGUUGGACACGGAUAGUUCCAAAAAGAACCUUACUAGUACUGAAGUGGCGGAGGUAAUCAAGCAGGGCUACGAGACGUUGAGCAUCCAGGCAAGGGAGGGUCUUGACGGCUGGGAGAGGUAUCGUGAAGCUGAUGAGCGGACUCUUCUUAAGAAGAUGGCACGGGCAACGGUGUCAGACGUUCAGGUCGUUGUGCAGGCCUAGGAUUCCUAGGCGAUACGAUAGGACGACGAUUUGGAUUAGAAAGUAGUGGUAUGAAGUUGGGGGCGAAAUAUCUUGAAUGUUAUUAGCACGGCAGCGUCCCGUUAGUGAAGACUACUAAUUAUCGAGUCCAUGGCUGAGAAAAAUGCGGUUUAGCAAAUCACCAUGUGAAAUUUGCGAAUUUAGCUCAGUAACGUAAAGAAUUCCGGUUAAGGACUCAGGCGAUCCAUGAUUACAACAUCACGCAAAGAAUAUUGACAAGCCCGUAGGACUUUUCAAGGAAUCCUACCGUCGACAGAUGCUGAAACCGGGGGCGUGAUAGGAUAGGGUAGCAUCGCUGAGGUUUCAUCACAGCCUGCAUAGAGUAACGACGGACUGCUAAUAGUGCGAAAACUAAGGUUAUGUCUCAAAUGAGACAUGAAGAUGAGUCCCAAAAAGGAAAUAUGAAAAAAUACUACCAGUUUUAAUAUAAAAGUAGCGGAUAUCUAUUUUCUAUUAUUUUCCCCUGCUUUUAGGUGAUCUAUC